AUAUAUAUCCCGCCUCAUUUUGGAAACCCCCAACCAGAUCAACGUCUCAAUUUCUGCGCCACAACACUGAGCAAUCGAAGACGAGAAUGGAACCUUCACGCUCUGCGAAUUCCGGGUCCAAUUCGAAACGAACCUCAAAUUCAAUUACUUCAAACCCUCGGAGUAACAGCAGCAAUCAGAGCAACAAGAAGAGGAAGACGAGUCAGAAGACCCUAGGCAUGGCUUGGGGUGCCAAUUCUCGCUCUGCUUCUCGUCCUGCCUUCAGUAGUUCACCUUUCUCCAAUUUUGGAAGUUACAUGGCCGUGAAGAAUCAGAAGCUUCAUGAGCAGUUUGUUGCGGAGGCGUCCAGCACUUCUCACAGUGGUCCAAAUUCUUCAAAACCUAUAUUUCAUGGCGUUUCCAUUUUUGUUGAUGGAUAUACAGUUCCUUCCAGUCAGGAACUUCGAGGAUAUAUGCUGAAGCAUGGAGGCCGUUUUGAAAAUUAUUUUUCUAGGCGUCGCGUUACGCAUAUAAUCUGUAGUAAUCUUCCUGACAGUAAGGUCAAGAAUUUGAGGUCAUUUAGCAGGGGACUUCCAGUAGUCAAACCCACAUGGGUGUUGGAUUCUGUCGCUGCAAAUAAGCUUCUGAAUUGGGUUCCUUAUCAGCUUGAUCAGCUUGCAAGUGAAGUUAAUAACCAGCCUAAGCUAUCUGCUUUCUUUACGAAAAACAUUUAUGUUUCUGAUGAUAUAGCAACAUGUUCAACUGUCCAAGCCACAUCUAGUGUUGAGAGUCCAAUGUCAUAUGCUGGACCAAUUGAAGAUCCUAUAUCCUAUGAAGAGUGGCAAUCUGCAGAAGAUUUGAAGCCUCAUGAUCUAGACUCUAAUGAUCUAAUGCAAGAGAACUACAAUGUAGCUAGAGUUGAAGAGUCAACUUGUAGCGUGGCAAUGCAGGAACUGAGUGAUGCUGCAAGUGAAGAUGGAAGCCAUGCUCCAUUAUCAGCACCUUCUAGUCCUCACAACUGUGCAUCAGCUUGUAGCGACUGGACAAGUGAUCCUGUUAACGAGGGGCCAUCAGAUUUAAAGAUUCCUAGGUCUCCUAAUCAGAAACAUUCAACUCUAGUUGAUGCUAAUUUUGUGGAAAAUUACUUUAGGCAUUCUAGGUUGCAUUUCAUUGGCACCUGGAGAAACCGGUAUCGCAAGCGAUUUCCCAGCUCUCCUGGUGGAUUUAGAUGCUCAAGUUCAGGCCCUGGUUCUUCAGCCACAGCAAAUAAGACGUUCAUUAUUCAUGUGGAUAUGGAUUGCUUUUUUGUGUCUGUUGUCAUUAGAAAUCUCCCUGAGUUGAAGGAUAAACCCGUUGCCAUUUGCCAUUCAGAUAAUCCACGUGGAACGGCAGAAAUAUCGUCAGCGAAUUAUCCUGCUAGGAGUCAUGGAGUAAAGGCUGGAAUGUUUGUCAGAGAUGCCAAGUCACGUUGCCCUCACCUAGUCAUUCUUUCUUACGACUUUGAAGCUUAUGAGGAGGUUGCUGAUCACUUUUAUAACAUCUUGCACAAGUACUGCAACAAAGUGCAGGCUGUAAGUUGUGAUGAAGCAUUUUUAGAUGCCACUGAUUCUGGAGUAGAGGACAUUCAAGCUUUUGUCUCAGUGAUGAGAAAGGAGAUUCUUGAUGCGACGGGCUGUAGUGCUAGUGCUGGUGUUGCUGGGAAUAUGCUUAUGGCACGUCUUGCUACUAGGACUGCAAAACCUGAUGGGCAAUGUUACAUCCCUGCUGAGAAGGUGGAGGAGCACCUGUGUGAACUUCCAGUAAAAGCACUUCCCGGAAUUGGUCAUGUGUUGGAAGAGAAGUUGAACAGGAGACAAAUCACAACUUGCGGGCAGCUACGCAUUAUUUCCAAGGAAACUCUCCAGAAGGACUUUGGUUAUAAAACUGGCAGUAUGCUAUGGAACUAUAGUAGAGGGAUAGAUGAUCGGUUGGUUGGCAUGAUACAGGAAAGCAAAUCCAUUGGUGCAGACGUUAACUGGGGCGUAAGGUUCAAGGAGCUGAAAGAUGUGCAACAUUUUCUUUUAAACCUUUGCAAGGAGGUUUCAUUACGUUUGCAGGGGUGUGGAGUGAAAGGCCGCAAGUUUACCUUGAAGAUAAAGAAAAGGAGGAGUGAUGCGGGGGAGCCAGUAAAGUAUUUGGGCUGUGGCGUUUGUGAUAACUUGAGCCAUUCUGUCACGGUGCCAAUGGCUACGGAUAGUGUUGAUGUGCUUGAGAGAGUCGUUUCACAGCUCUUCAUGACUUCACACAUAGAUGUGGAGGACAUAAGAGGCAUGGGAUUGCAGGUCUCAAAGCUUGAAACUGUGGAUAGUUCUAAGCAAGGGAAAGAAAGAUAUUCCAUCAGAUCUUGGCUCACUGAUGCCUCUGCUAAGACCAGCCAUAAAAACAGAAGCAGUAGUCAUGAGAAAUGUGCUGAUGCAGAUAAAGGUAAAAGCGGUGUUGAUGAACGUCAGGCUCAGUUGCAGGGUGAUUCAAGUACACCUUUUGUUGAAAUGUCUGCAGCGUCACCCUCUGGUACUGCUGGUUCUGGACAGAGGGGAAAUCUUCCUCCUAUGAACGAGCUUGAUAUGGGAGUUAUAGAAUCUCUUCCUUCUGAAGUCUUUUCAGAAAUUAAUGACAUGUAUGAUGGAAAAUUGGCUCAUCUUAUUACUGAAAAGAGGAGCAAAGAAAAAGAAAACAUAUCUUUUGCUUGCCCUGCUGCAUCAGACGAAGCUUUUGCUGCAAGUGAGGAGCAGCAGUAUAAUGAAGAGGAAAUCCAAGUGGUGGUCUCUUAUCCUAAUAAACUUUUUGUUGAUAUGAAAAGUGAGCCAGUUUCUGAUGCUAGUGUACCAAAUCUGGACUUGAUUAGUAAUGCUCCCGUCUCAGGAGACAUCAGUCUAAUGCCCUCUUCUCUAAGUCAAGUAGACACCUUGAUCUUUCAAGAAUUGCCCGAGGACUUGAGGACAGAUAUUCUCGAACUCCUUCCUGCACACAGGAACACUGAAUCAUCACUAGAUGCUUCCUUGGCAUGUGCUAAUAAUCAGAGCAGUACAGGUCCUUCUAUUUCAAGCAUUGACCUGUGGGUUGGAGAUCCACCAGAAUGGAUUGACAUAUUCAAAGCCAGCAACUGUCAGAUUUUGCGCAUUUUGGCAGAGAUGUAUCAAAGAGCAGGGGCAAAAAAACAGUUAUCUUCUGUAUUGCAGAGGACUAUGUCUCAGAUUUAUAUUCUCUGGGAUGUGGGCACUGAUGGAUGGGCUGAGGCUGUUAGUUGCUUAUGCGAGCUUAUCAAGCAGUAUUUAAAAUUAAAAAUUUCAACUGAUAUUGAAGAGGUUUACAUUUGUUCUUGCCUUUUAAGAAGGUUGACUGCAAGGUCAAAAAUUUUCGUAGAAGUUUACAACAACAUGCUUCCUCAUUUUCAGGCAUCGGUUAGUGAGAACUAUGGUGGCAGCUUUUGUAUAGCCUCUGUGAUGGAGUGAUGCGUGGCAUGCCUUCUUUGCCAAGUAAAAGUCUCAGGUGCUCUACGUUUACAAGUCCACUUUCUGUUCUCACUUGCUCCGCUUGUAAAGUGGAUGUAGUUGCAAAGGACCUCUGGUAUAAGAAGUCACGCGUGGUCUAACAGAGGAUCAUGCAAUUUUUUGUUAGUAUCACAUGAAGUUAGAAGAGGCCCGUUAUCUUUGACGUCCUGUCUUCCAAGAUAGUGGCUUCGGUCAUGCAGAUGAUUGUGGCGGAUAAGGAUUUGGUUCAAUACUCUCUCUAAUGAUUUAAAUUUUCAGAUGAGAUGGUCAUGCCUCAUUGCACUAUGAAUGCUGAUUUGAGUGAAGAGCAGUUUCAUCGGUUGUGGAGUGUGCAGAUGCAGUUUUGAUGCAGACAGGUACUUGGUGCUGGUUAUGGUUGACCAUGCACAAAGUGCGUAUAAAGAUCGAUUCGGAGACCAUUUGGCUACUUGUACAGUAAUGCUAUGUUUCUGAUAUGACUACUUAUCUUUGAUCGUGAAUAAUAAUUUUUUAUUAUUCUCCUGCAGAUUUGCAGGCAAAAAUAAUGUGAUUUGUUUAGGUACCCAGAAGUUUUUAUGUGAUACUUGAGGUAGAUUAGCUACUUCCUUCUAGGUAUCGUGCACCUUCGAAAUGCUCUUAUUUAAAGCUGCUAUACCUGAAUAUUGCCUGCUGUAGUUGUCCUACACUUUCUAUUUCAUUCUGAUGCAAUCAGAUGAUUAUUCUAGCAAGUCUGACCGCUGUCCUUUUUCUCUUAGCUGGUUGCUUAUACGUGCACCUGACUGAUAGUGAAGGAUCUGAUUUUUUUUUUUUUUAGAUAGGGGGAGUAAAAACCCUCUAUUCAUUCGCUGUAACUGCUACUGGAGACCGUAUCUCUGUUACUUUGUAAAGCAAUAAAGUGAGUUGAUGAGGUGAAAAA